AUGUACGGUGCGGCUUCAGAAUCUGCCUCGUCCAUCUCAUCACUGCCGCGAGACGACUGCUCCGGACGAAAUUGCCGCCCAAACGAACGUUCCUCCGCUCCCGCAAAUGCUGCUGCCACCACGGGCGUCAGUAAGGCGGCGCCCAAGUCACCGCUCUGGCCCGAUGAUGUUGCUAAUGCAGCUGCUGCUUCUUCUUCCUUGGCCAGCGAUUCUACCGCCGGCAUGCCCUCGCUUGUCCUGCCCCAGCCACCCUUCUAUGCUGCUCUUCUCAGUCCCCUACACAGAUGCCUACAGGAUGCGGUGAGCACAUUUCAGCUCUGUGCUUGCAGCCUCGAAAAUGCCAUUUUUCGAGCCACUUUUGGCAUCCAGGGCGUGAUAUUUGCUAUUGGCGUGCACAAUAUCAUCAUGACUCAACUCGCAUGGGGUGAUUCCUAUGGGUCCCCCUGCAAUGCCUUCUAUCGGUGA